CUGGAGCAGAACCAGUGCCAUGGGGCCCUUACUCUGGGAAGGGCGCCUGUCAUGUUUUCUUUUCCAUGCUUCUGUUCUCCUGCUGCUCAGCAAGGGGGAGCGGAUGUGCCCUGUGAGUUGCCGCUGCGAAGGCAAGAUUGUUUACUGCGAGUCUGGCGCCUUUCAAGACGUCCCGGAGAACAUCUCUCUAGGGUGCCAGGGUCUAUCCCUGCGGUACAACAGCCUCUUGUUGUUGCUACCUUACCAGUUUGCUCACCUCAACCAGCUGGUCUGGCUCUACCUGGACCACAAUUCCAUCAGCGUAGUGGAUAGACUGACUUUCCAGGGACUUCGUAGGCUAAAGGAACUAAUCUUAAGCUCUAACAAGAUUGUGCAGUUGCAAAACGGCACCUUUGAGACUGUCCCAAACCUUCGCAACCUUGACCUGUCCUACAACCAGCUGCAGGACUUGAUGCCAGGGCAUUUUCAUGGACUACGCAAGCUUCAGAAUCUUCACCUGCGAUCAAACAACAUCAAAACCAUCCCUGUCCGUACUUUUAUGGAAUGUCGAAGUCUGGAGUUUCUAGAUUUGGGUUACAAUCGCCUACGGACUAUAACUCGUACAACAUUUCUGGGACUGCUCAGGCUGACAGAACUUCACCUUGAGCACAAUCAAUUUUCCAGGAUUAACUUUUUCCUAUUUCCACGCCUCUUAAAUCUGCAGGCGCUUUAUCUGCAAUGGAAUCGCAUACGGAUGGUCGUCCAAGGUUUGCCUUGGACUUGGCACACUUUACAGAAAUUGGAUCUAUCAGGCAAUGAGAUUCAAGUUUUGGAUCCUGCUAUUUUUAGGUGUUUGCCCAACUUGCAUAUGCUCAAUCUGGAGUCUAACAAGAUCAGCAACGUGUCCCAGGAAGUUGUUUCAUCAUGGAUCUCCAUUAGCACUAUCAACCUGGCAGGAAACAUAUGGGACUGUAGCUCUAGUAUCUGCCCUCUGGUGUCUUGGCUGAGAAACUUCAGGGGAACUAGAGAUGCCAGCAUUAUUUGCAGCACUCCCAAAUCCCUUCAGGGAGAAAGAGUCAUGGACGCAGUGAGGAACAACUCUGUGUGUGAGGAGAUAUUCACCGUGGAACCGACCACGGAAUUAACUCUUCUUUUGACUACUACUACGACAACUCUUUACGUAACAAAGCCACCUACAACCACCACUACAACCCCACGCACCACAACUAGACAGCUUUCUCAAGUUACCCACGUACAAAGACUGACCCCAAAGGUUUUAUUCCCUGUUCAGUCCAACAAUGAAUUCCAACCACCCCUAACGGUAACACCUAGCAGUCUACCCUUCAGCCCCGAACCUGAGUUUGAGCAUAUGACCUUCCACAAGAUCAUCGCCGGCAGCGUUGCCCUAUUUCUCUCAGUGUCUUUAAUCCUAUUAGUGAUUUACGUGUCGUGGCGACGAUACCCUAACAGCAUGAGGCAACUCCAGCAGCACUCCAUUCGACGCAAGCGCAGGAAAAAGACUCCAGAGCCUGAGCACAACAUCAACUCUCAACUGCAAGAGUAUUAUCUAAGCUACAACCAUGCCAAUGCCGAGACCAUGGACUCUUUGGUUAACGGGGCGUGCACCUGCACCAUCUCGGGCUCCAGAGAGUGCGAGGUAUGA